AUGUUUUGGACUAUUUUAAUAUCCUACUGUGUGACUUCUGUGUUUGGAAACAAGACGGACGAGCGGAUACCAUUCUUUCACGGUCAUGUAUUUGAAAACUCUCCUACAGGGUCUAAAGUGAACGGGCUAAGUAUCCCGGUGAAGCGCAUUGACGCUCAGAAAUGGUGCUCCAAGUCUGGAAUGCAUCUGAAACUCUUAGGAGACGGGAGUGAGGACUUUCACGUUUUUGCCCAUCACAAACGCGGCCACAUCUUGCUGAAAACCUCGAAUAUCUUGGAUAGGGAGGAACGCGCUGAAUAUUUUCUCAGCCUUGGUUUGUGCUGUCAAAAUUGUGCAUCGGUUGAGCGGGUCGUGGCAGAAGUUGCAUCCAUCAAAGUGGACGUACUUGACACCAAUGACCACGAGCCCACUUUUCGCGACGCGGACGUCAAACUAACUUUGGACGACGCCACGGCCCUGAGGUCCGUGGUGUAUACAGUAACUGCGGAAGAUACGGACAGUGGUAAAAAUGCCGAGCUAAUAUACUUUGGUCUCCCGAAAAACGGCAGCUUUUACGUGGUCCCCAAAACAGGCGACGUUCUUCUUGUUGACUCGAUACUAGGUCUCGAGUCACCAAUAAAGUUUAAAGUUUUCGCGAGAGACCACGGGUGGCCCUCCAGGACCAGCCAAAAUAUGGAAAUCGAGAUAUGUCCCCGGCAAUGGCCAGCACUUCCUCCACCUUUCUCUCCGACACAAACAGACCACUCAUCGGGCAGAUUACCGAGAAAGUCACGGUCCACAAUGGAGACCGAUAAAUCGGUCGUUAUUAACGUAUCUGAGGAUGCCAGUAUUGGCUCGGUCGUCAUGAAUCUAAACCCAGUGAGGUUUCAGUCGCCGAGCUUUGAAUUGGUUUUCCCCGAUGCUGAAAAUUCCCCGGUCACCGUGAGCCGGGACAGCGGGGAUAUAGUCAUCUCAAGGCGGCUAGACAGAGAGACUGAACCCUCGGUGGAGAUUACAGUCAAGGUGCAAGAUAAGAGGGGUCCGGACUGGUACCUGGUGCGUGUGGAGCUUACAAUUAUGGAUGUGAAUGACAAUGCCCCAGAAUGGACUAUGAUUCCCUCUCCAUACCUGGCUGUGGUUUCACCCAAUGCUCCAGCUGGGACACUGGUGUACAAACUCCACGCUGAGGACCGAGAUGAUGGAGCCCACGGGGAAGUGGAGUACUUUCUGUCCGAUGGGGGUGACGGGCGCUUCGAGGUGGACCGUAAAAUAGGUCAUGUGCGGACGACAGGUCUGCCAUUACAGAGGGACAGAGAGUACCUACUGACCGUUGUGGCUGCUGAUCGAUUAGGCAGCCGUAGUCCAGCCGUAGUGCUGUCAAUCAUAGCUGGACCCAGAGCUCCACAGUUUACCAACGCCUCAUAUACCAUGUCUAUACCAGAGAACACACCAGAAGGACAACCUUUUCUGGUCACCACAGCCUUGUCUUUCCAGAAGCAACCAAUAAGCUACAGUCUGCUCAUCAACCCCAGCAGUCUCUUCAGUAUCCAGGCAGACACGGGUGAGAUUAGCCUGACUCGGAGUAUGGACUAUGAGACGGAUCAACACCGCUACCUGCUCUUGGUCCGGGCCAGCGAGAACCAGGACAGUCUGAGCAGUGCAGCUGAGGUGCGUGUUUUCAUCACUGAUGAGAAUGACUGUGUGCCAGAGUUUCUGCAGUCCAUUUACAGUAAAGACAGUGUACCUGAGACUGUGACCACUGCAACAUCACUCCUGCAAGUGUCUGCCAGUGACUGUGAUUCGGAGCAGAAUGCAGAGAUCAUGUAUUACACACUAAGUCCAGACUUUGUGAUUUCGGCCCAUGGCACCAUAUUCCCGGCGGGCCCACUGGACUACGAGAGACCCAACCACUUGUAUGAGUUUGUUGUAAUGGCCGUGGACAAGGGGGAAGUGCCCCGCACGGGCACCGCCACCGUCCGAAUACGAAUGGCAAACGUUAAUGAUGAACCACCUGAGUUCUCUCAGCAUGUCUAUCGGACGUUUGUUUCUGAAGAUGCUGGACCAAACACUCUGGUUGCCACGGUACUUGCCAAGGACCCGGAUGGUGACGGUAUCUCAUACAAAAUUACAUCAGGCAAUGAGGAAGGCAACUUCGUUAUUGACAACCAGAAAGGAUUGAUCCGCCUCCGCUCCAGCCCGCCCCCUAAGCUUCAAGGGUUGGAGUAUGUGCUCAAUGUCACAGCGACGGACGACAACGCCUCUGGGGGGCCGCAGUCCCUGUCUGCCACGGCUCAGGUCAUUGUGGGGAUAGAUGAUGUCAACAACAACAAACCAGUUUUUGAAAAGUGUCAGGAGUACAGAGAGAGCACCUCGGUGUUAGAAAAUCAGCCUGCAGGAACAUUUGUGUUACAGGUUCAUGCUGUGGAUGCCGAUGAAGGGGCCAAUGGGAAAGUGACUUAUGGUUUCAUGCACAAAGACAGCACUGUACCUGCCUUUAACAUUGACCCAGAAACAGGGGUGAUUGUCACAGCGCGGAGGUUUGACCGGGAGCGACAGAGGGAGUAUGCUGUAACUGUAACAGCCACUGACCAGGCUGCAGACCCCCUCAUUGGCAUCUGUCAGCUUAAUAUACUGAUCCUGGAUGAGAAUGACAACAGUCCCAAGUUUGAGAACUUACGAUAUGAAUACUUCCUCCGUGAGGACACCAUGGUUGGAACCAGUUUCCUUCGUGUAGCUGCACACGAUGAUGACUACAGUUCCAACGCUGUUAUCACCUACUCCAUGUCUAAAGAGCAGCCAGAGUACCUGAGAGUGAACCCUGUUACUGGUUGGAUCUAUGUAAACCAACCCAUCUCUCAGAGGUCCUACAUCACUCGGGAAAUUAUUGCUACAGAUGGAGGGAACAGGAGCAGCUCUGUGGAGCUAGCUGUCACCAUCACCAAUGUGAAGAACCAGCCGCCACAGUGGGAGAAAAGCAGCUACGAAGUGGUCAUUCCGGAAAACACUGUCAGAGACACCUCCAUAGUGACUGUUAAGGCAACCUCACCCUUGGGCGAUCCCAGAGUGACCUACAACCUCGAAGAUGGCAUGGUACCCGAGACAAACAUGCCAGUCCGGUUCUACCUGACGCCCAAUCGUGAAGAUGGGUCAGCAUCAAUUUUGGUGGCGGAGCCAUUGGACUAUGAGACGACGCGGAAUUUCAUCCUGAGAGUUCGAGCUCAGAAUGUCGCCCCUGUACCACUGGCAGCUUUCACCACAGUUUAUGUCAACAUCACAGAUGUCAAUGACAAUGUGCCUUUUUUCACAUCCUCCAUUUACGAGGCUUCGGUGACCGAAGGAGCUGAGGUUGGAACAUUCAUUCUUCAGGUUUCAGCCAAUGACUUAGACCUAGGAUUGAAUGGGAAGAUCUCAUACUCUUUAUUGAACGACCGCAGCGGUGAUCACCAGUUCUUCCGGAUUGAUCCGGAGCUGGGUUCCAUCUACACAGAGGCAGUGUUUGACCGGGAGACCAAGGGCUCGUACCUGCUGGAAGUGAAAUCUGUGGAUGGCUGGGAAUCAGCCCGUCCAGGCAGACACGGGCAGCCAAACUCAGACACGGCAUAUGUGCGUGUUUUCAUCAGCGACGUGAACGAUAACAAGCCCGUGUUCACACAGUCGCUCUAUGAAGUCGACGUGGAUGAAGAUGCAGACGUGGGCCUCACCAUCCUCACUGUCAGUGCUAAUGAUGAAGAUGAAGGUGCCAAUGCUAAACUGCGCUACCAGAUCACAUCAGGGAACACAGGGGGUGUUUUCGACAUUGAGCCAGAGGUGGGUACCAUCUUUAUCGCUCAGGCCUUGGAUUAUGAACGGAACAAACACUACAAGCUACACGUCCUGGCAUCGGAUGGGAAAUGGGAGGACUAUGCCACUGUGGUGGUCAACGUUGUAAACAAAAAUGACGAAGCACCCGUUUUCACCGUGAAUGAGUACUAUGGCAGUGUGACCGAAGAACUGGAUGGAUCUCCAGUGUUUGUACUGCAGGUAACUGCCUCUGACCCAGAUAAGGAUGCUGACCAGGAGGCCCUGCGUUACUCCCUUCACGGCCAGGGAGCAGAAAGUGAGUUUAUUAUUGAUGAAGUGACAGGGAAGAUUUACGCUCAGAGAACUCUGGACCGAGAGAGUCGAGCCGUUUGGCGGUUUGUGGUUCUGGCCACGGACGAAGGUGGGGAAGGCCUCACGGGCUUCACGGAUGUCAUCAUCAGUGUCUGGGACAUUAAUGACAACGCCCCUACGUUUGCAUGCGCGCCUGACAGUUGCCAUGGCAACGUGGCGGAAAAUUCGCCGCCCGGAACAUCGGUGAUGGAGAUGACGGCCACUGACUUGGACGACGCUGCUGUGGGUCAGAACGCUGUGCUCGCCUAUCGGAUUAUUGGGAAUUCUGGGAACUCUGGGAACUCCGAUAUGUUCACCAUCAACCCGGCCACCGGCACCGUUUCCGUUGCGGCGGCCGGUUUGGAUAGGGAGCGACUGGACUCGUAUCUGAUAGUUGUCGAGGCAAGAGACGGGGGAGGCAUGACUGGGACAGCAACAGCUACUAUACAUGUGACAGACGUGAAUGAUCACGCGCCACGUUUCCUGGACCGCUCGUGUUGGGUACAUGUUCCCGAAAGCAGCGAGCCCAAUGCAGCGGUUUUGGAACUGUCCGCAGAGGACGGAGAUGCGGGUGAAAACGGGCAGCUAAUGUUCAGCGUGGUGGCUGGAGAUCCUGAACAGAAGUUCUACAUGGUGAGUCACCGUCAGGAACAGCGCGGGACGCUCCGGUUAAAAAAACGCCUAGACUAUGAAAGACCCGGUGAGCAACGCUUUAACCUCACUAUUAAAGUGGAGGACCUGGACUACUCCAGCUUGCUACACUGCACUGUAGAGGUGGAGGACUGCAAUGACCAUGCACCGGUCUUCAUCCCACAUUUUCUGCAGCUGCUACCUCUCCGUGAGGACGUGCCCCUUGGCACAAGUGUGGCCAGCCUGGCAGCCAGCGACUCUGAUUCGGGUCAGAACCGUGAGAUCACCUACAGCAUUGACCCAGAGUCUGAUCCACUUGGACUGUUCUCGGUGGACCAGAAUGGUUUGAUCACGGUGACAGGACAGCUGGACCGGGAGAAGAUGGAACAGUACCACCUGGUUGUCUUAGCGACAGAUCACGGUUCUCCUCCGCUUACAGGCACUGCCACAGUACAUGUUCCCCUUUCGGACGUGAAUGACAAUGGGCCAGAGUUUGAAGCAGCGUAUGCUCCCAUAGUUUGGGAGAACAUUCCAGGCCCUCAGGUGGUCCGACUAAACCAAAGUUCCACACUGCUCCACGUUGUUGACCACGACUCAGCUGAAAAUGGUCCACCCUUCUUUUUCUCUGUUCCGUUAGAAUAUCGCUACAGCAAUGACUUUCGCCUUCAGGACAACGGUAAUGGUACGGCCACAAUUACUGCCCUUCGAGCGUUUGACAGGGAAAGGCAGAAGGAAUUCCUCCUGCCUAUCAUUAUGACUGACAGUGGGAUUCCACCAAUGACAGUCACCAACACCCUCAGCAUUACCAUUGGAGACGAGAAUGACCAUGCCCACUCAGCUGGAGAAAAGAAAAUAUAUAUUAAUAGUCACAGAGGGAGAAUGCCGACGACUGUCUUGGGGAAGGUGUAUGCCCCUGAUCCAGAUGACUGGGAUAACAAAACGUAUGCCUUCGAGGGACAUGUUCCAAACUAUUUCCUUCUGAAUAAGCGGACAGGAUUCCUGAUUAUAAAAGAGAACACCCCACCUGGUAAUUAUGAGUUCCAGGUGAGUGUGUCUGACGGGCUGUGGCCAGAUGCAGUGUCGACUGUGAGCGUACAUGUGCUGGAACUUCGAGAUGAAGCCAUCUACAACUCUGGUUCUCUCCGUUUAGCAGACAUUAGUGCCAAAGAAUUCAUGGAGCGACGAGGAAACUCCAGAAGUCGUUAUGAGUUACUGCGGGAUUUUCUGUCUGAAAUGCUGUCUGUUUCUGUGGAUGACAUUAACGUCUUCAGCCUGGUAGAUGUCAGAGAGGGGACCCUGGAUGUGCGAUUCUCUAUCCACAGUGCCCCAUUCCUGAGAGCAGAGAGACUACACGGUUACCUAGCAGCACAUAAACAGAAGUUGCAGUCCUACCUACAGGUGAACAUAACUCAGGUGCAUGUGGAUGAGUGUUCUUCCACGGACUGCAGAGGGAGUGGUGGAUGCACCACUCAGCUCAGUGUGAGUGACAAGCCCACCGUGGUGGAUUCUGGGAGCAUGACUUUAGUGUCAGUUACUGUGGAGACCAUGGCCGUCUGCAGCUGCUCCGCCCGUGAACACCUUCACCAGAGCUGCAGCUCCUAUCCCAGAAAUCCCUGCCACAACGGUGGCGUGUGUGUGGACACACAGAGUGGAUACAGAUGUCAGUGCCCAGCACAAUUCGAGGGACCGGAGUGCCAGCAGACCAAACACAGUUUCCAUGGUAAUGGCUACGCUUGGUUUGCUCCCAUAAGGCCAUGCUACGAGAGCCACCUCUCUCUGGAGUUCAUCACUGAGGUGGCAGACGGGCUGUUGCUCUACACCGGACCCCUGUCACAGCUACAGCCCUGGGAACAUGAGGACUUCAUGGCCAUAGAGCUCAUCGAUGGCACUCCCACCCUGAAGAUAAACCAUGGCUCGGGUACGCUGGUCCUGCAGUUGCCAGGCAACGUGAAUGUGGCGGACAGACGGUGGCACAGGCUGGACGUGAGGAGCAACAGCAAGGAGGUCAGAUUCACAUUGGACCGCUGCGCUGGGGCUGUUGUCAUGGAAAUGGAAGGAGUGGGUAGCUGGCUGACAACCGAAGACCAUACUUCCUGUGAGGUCAUAGGGGUCACGCCUAACCUGGACAGACAUCUUAAUGUGACCCAGGUGCUGCAGUUGGGUGGAGUAAAUGAGAAUCUACCUUACAUCUAUCCUCAGCUCCAACACAAACACUUCACCGGCUGCAUACGCAACCUGAUCGUGGACAGCAAGUUCUAUGAUUUAGGCUCUCCUGCAGACUCAUUUGGCAGCAGUCCGGGGUGUGUGUUGACAGAUGGAAGCUGUGUGAACAUGGGCUACCCGUCGUGUGGUCCCAGGGGAAAAUGCCAUGGAGAAUGGGGCUCCUUCAGCUGCCAGUGUAUAUCUGGGUACACUGGGCAUCGGUGUGAGCAGGAAGUCCCAGAAUAUUCUUUUGAUGGGAGGAGUCAUGUGCACUACCAGCUGGUCUCUCCACUCCCAGCGAGACGCACGCAGGUUCAGGUUCUGAUCCGAACACGCAAACACAGCAGCUCCAUUCUCAGCCUGCUGUCCAAAGAACAGAAUGAGUACAUCAAACUCGAGAUUUUUCAAGGGUUGUUAGCUGUUUACUUCAACCUGGGUGACGGGGAUUUUAAUCUGACUCUGCCUUCUUAUCGCCUUGACAACGGCGAAUGGCAUGAGGUUAACUUUGAUCGUCAAGACAAUGAACUGACCUUGCAACUGGAUGGUGGUGGGGGGCGACGGGAGGUUACGGGGUCACCAGGCCGGAGUCGUGAGAUCAUUAUCGACCCCACUGUGGUGAUGCUGGGCAAUUCCUUUCCGUCUGGACACAACAAGAGUUUCCAAGGCUGUAUGCGGGACCUGAGGCUAAACGGGCGCUACGUGCCCAUGGAUGGGGAGGGCAGAGACAGCGUCUCUGUAGUCAGCUCUCAGGGCAUUUCUCUGGGCUGCUCGUCGGACUCCUGCAGAAGGAACCAGUGCAGCCCUCCUUUUACCUGCGUUGACCUGUGGAGGAUCCACGAGUGCAGGUGCCCACCAGGUCACAUGGUGAAGACCAACUCAACAGGCAAGUUCUGCGUGUACACGCUGUGUGCCAGCCGGCCAUGCCACAGAGGGACGUGUGUGGCACAGUCCCCCUCCAAGUUCACUUGUCACUGCCCUGAGGGCUACCGCGGGCGACACUGCGAGGUGACUUUGGCCAUCUACAGGGAGGACGUGGGUCUGAGCUUCAGCUCCCUGUUCGCUAUCUGCAUCUGCUUCAUGGCCCUGUUAGUGCUGCUGUUGGGGAUUUUCCUAUACACACGUUGGCGGAGCUAUAAGGGACUGAAGGAGGGUGUGUACCACGUCUCUGCUCAUCACGACGGCUGGGAAGACAUCAGAGAGAACGUCCUAAACUAUGAUGAGGAGGGAGGAGGGGAAGAGGACCAGAAUGCUUAUGACAUGGCUGAGCUCCAGAAGUCUCUUCAGCCCAGUCCAGCCCAGUCUGUCCAGUACAGUCGUUCAAGAGCCAUCCAGCAUCACCACCCUCUCGCCUCUCAGCAACACCAGCAUCAACACCAGCACCACCCACACCAGCCCGAACCUCUAACCAGGACCCCCACCACCAGCUCCAUGUCUUCAGGCACCACCGCCACACUUCGCAGGGAUGUGCCGCCCACCCGUACCCCGGGACCGGGCCAGUGCAGCGGGCCAAGUGCCAGCCGAGCGUCCCAGUUGGCCCGAAAAAGCCUAUCCUUCUCCAGUCAAGACCUGGCACGGUAUCUUUGCGAAAUUAUCCGAGACGCAGACCAGCACCCCGAAACGGCACCCUUCGACUCGCUCCAGGUGUUCUCCACGGAAGGUGGGGGAUCGUUGGCCGGGUCUCUCAGCUCAUUCAGCUCCUCAGGGCUGGAGGAAGAAAGGGGAGGAAACGGCGGGGGGCAGGAAUCGGUAAAGGAGUGGGGACCACGUUUCGAGAAACUCAAAGCACUGUAUGAGAGAGCAGAGGCCAGCGACCUCUGA